AUGCCACUCUAUGCCAACUUCUUAAAGGAGCUUAUAACCAAAAAGAGUAACUCAGAGGCAAAGGAAACCAUAAUAUUGACUAAGGAAUGCAGCGCCAUCAUACAGAAGAAGCUACCUCAAAAGCUGAAAGACCUAGGGAGUUUUCAAAUUCCCUGCAACAUAGGGGACAUCACUAUUGAGAAAGCUUUAUGUUAUUUGGGGGCUAGCAUAAAUCUUAUGUCCCUAACCAUGAUGAGAAGGAGGAAGAUUGAGGAAGCCAAGCCAACAAGAAUGGCAUUCCAAUUGGCUGACAGAACAUUUAAGUUUCCACAUGGGGUGGUGGAAGACUUGCUAGUGAAAGUGGGAGAAUUCAUCUUCCCUGCUGAUUUCGUUGUGCUGGACAUGGAAGAAGAGGCCAAUACGUCAAUCAUCCUAGGAAGACCAUUUCUAGCUACUGCUGGAACCAUCAUUGAUGUGCAGAAAGGGGAACUGGUCUUGUGA